AUGGGCAUCAAAGGAAUCUAUGGCGAGAUCGGCCGUGGCACGCGAGUCUCCCUGUCAAGGCUCGCUGCCGACAGCUUCGUGAACGAGGGUCGCCCACUCCGACUUGCUGUGGAUAUUGCCAUUUGGCAAUUCCAGACUCAAGCCGCUCGAGGUGGAACCAACCCCGCCAUCAGAACCCUCUUUUACCGUCUCACCCGCCUCCUCGCCACCCCAAUCGAGCCGAUAUUUGUCUUCGACGGACCUAAUAAACCUGUGUUCAAGCGAAACAAACGAUCUGGGCGUGGAGAUGGUGUCGCCACUGCCCAAGCGAAAAGAUUGAUCCGAUUGUUUGGCUUCACUAUCCACGAUGCACCAGGAGAGGCCGAGGCGGAGUGUGCGCUCCUCCAACAACACGGCAUUGUCGAUGCGGUGCUCAGUGAGGAUGUCGAUACUAUCAUGUUUGGGUGCACGCGAACGCUGCGCAAUUGGUCGGCUGAGGGGAAGGGCUCCAAAACGCCUACCCACGUGUCCCUAUACGACGUUGAGUCAAUGAACAUUAGGGAGUUAGGGCUAGGCCGAGAAGGCAUGGUACUUGUUGCUCUUAUGAGCGGCGGUGACUAUCUGCCAGAUGGAAUCCCCGGCUGCGGUGUCAAAGUGGCAUGUGAAGCUGCCAAAGCUGGCUUUGGGAAGUCCAUUUGUCGAUUGAAGGCAUCAGACAAGGCUGGCAUCCAAGCAUGGCGAGAAUCUCUGGUGCACGAGUUGAGGACCAACGAGAAGGGAUUUUUCAGGACAAAACACAAGGCUCUAAUGAUACCCGAAGACUUUCCCAACCUAGAAGUCCUUCGUUACUACACCCAUCCAGUAGUUUCCCCCGAAGCCAACCUCGAUGCAGUUCGCGACAAGUUCAGCCGGAAGCAAGAUCUUUAUCUCGAAGACCUGAGGGAGUUUACGAGGGAGACGUUCGAUUGGGACUUUCGGAUAGGGGCAAUCAAGUUCAUCCGUGUUCUCGGCCAGGCCCUGCUUGUCAAAAAUAUCCUCCAACAACCCGAGGGUAGUCACGUUCAGCGGAUCACAGGCAGCAGAUCCCAUUUCAGCACAGACAGCACUCGGGAGCUUCGUUUAUCAUACGUUCCACAGGACAUGGUCCCCAUUGAUCUAUCCAAAGAGGUGGACGAAGAAAUUGCAUCUGGCCGAGGUGGAUUGGCGCUGAACAGCGAUGACGAGUUCGAGGCACCGGUUGAUGGUAUGGAAACAAACGGAUCCAAGGCCAUCGUAGGGAAAAUAUACGAUCCCGCGAAACCUGAUCUCGCCUGGGUCCUAGAGGCUGUUGCUAGGCAUAGCGUGCCUGCUGCUGUCGAAGAAUGGGAGGCCGCAGAGUCGGCCAAAGCGGCAAAGAAGGCGCCAGCCAAGAAAAAACUCACCAAUUCCAAGAGCAAGGCUGCUAGUGGCAUGCCCUCUGGUUCUCUUGACAAAUUCGUCCAAGUGACGAAACUAGGAUCCAAGGAUACAGCGGUCCUCAAGGUCACUAAGAAGGAUACUGGACCAGCAAAGCCGAGCAUAUCAUCACCAACUCGGGCGUCGACAUCACGACGGCUACGAGUGCCAUCUCCGCUGGAACCUAGUAAGCACUCCACGCCCGAGGCUACCGCCAUCCUGGCCAGGCAGAAGACCCCUUGGACACUUGCCAGCUCACAAGCGACGCCUAGAACCCGUGGUCCUCAAGGUGCCCAACAAGCGAUCAUUAUCCCAUCUAGUCCGCCCAGCCCGGCAUACUCAGUUUCCCCCUCCUCUCCUCGUCAACCUCGUUCCCGUCAAUCCCCGUUCCGUUCCACCCUUGAGUUGCCUGAGUCGGUUCGCUCAAUAUUGUCCUCGGGUUAUCCUGCGAAAGGGGUGAGGAAUGAGCGGCAGAAGUUGAGCGAUGUGAAGACUGCCGAGAAAUCGGCCAGUUUGAGAGGAUCUCAGCCGACUAAGAUGAAGCAAUCAUCAAUGGACAUGUUCGCUACAAAGACGGCCAGACCCAGUGCGAGCCAACCGGUCAUGCCAAAGCCGUCGACAACCCGACCGGUGAAGGAAAAAGCCGCCUCACUACCUAUCACCAACUUUGACGACUCUGAUGACUUCAGCGGCUUCGAGAGCGACUCCUCUGAUCUCGAACCCCUCUCCUCCCUCAUUUCCCGCGCCUCGGCCUCACCGGGCAAACGCCGCAAGGAAAUCCUCUCCAACACCCGAAGUCCCAGCCCCGGCCCAGCCCCCGUGCGGAAGAAGAAGUUGCUCGUCCCGCGGACCAGCGCUGUGGGCUUCUUCAAGGAGAUCGAGGUCGACUCUGAUGAACACGAGGACUGCAUCGCCCGGGAGGCGGCUUCGCUGCAGCGCAAAGGCAACAGAGGGCGAGUGGCGCGGAUGAGCGAAGUUGAAAUUGUGGACUUGACGCAGGAUGAUUAA